AUGUCUUCUUUCUCGGAUGCUGAGAAGCAUGUACCCGUCGAAGAGUAUGGCGAAGUCGGCCUCGGGUCAACACCUCUAGUCAAUGCCGAUAAACUGGCUCGCCGUCUCUCGGGCCGACAGGUGCAGAUGAUCGCUAUCGGCGGUACUAUCGGCACCGGUCUGUUUCUCGGUACGGGUUCGUCCCUCGCCACAGGUGGUCCUGCCUCCAUGUUGAUCGCCUACGCGAUCUGUGGUGCAAUUGUGUUUAUUACCAUGCUGUCUCUGGGUGAGAUGGCUGCUUUCGUCCCCGUUGCUGGUUCCUUCUGUACAUUUGCAGGUCGCUUUGUUGAUGAUGCUUUGGGCUUUGCUUUGACAUGGAACUAUUGGUUCAAUGAUGCUGUUUCAACCGCUACUGAUAUCAUUGCUUUGCAACUACUGUUGGAAUAUUGGACAAAUAAUUUCCCAGGCUGGGCAAUUAGUCUGAUCUUCCUUGUGGUCGUCAUCUCACUGAACCUGUUAUCAGUGAGAGUCUAUGGCGAGAUUGAAUACUGGUUGAGCUUGCUUAAAGUCAUCACCAUUGUGAUCUUCAUUAUUCUUGGUAUCGUUGUCAACUGUGGUGGUAACAAGAACCAUGAGUACAUCGGAGGCAAAUACUGGAACCAUGGAGAGGCUCCUUUCGUUGGCGGCAUCGGUGGUUUUGCCUCGGUCUUUGUCACAGCCUCAUUUGCCUUUGGUGGUACCGAGUCCAUCGCCAUCACCGCCGGUGAAACGAAAAACCCGGCCAAGACCAUGCCCAAAGUCGUGCGUAAUGUCUUCUGGCGUAUUGUGCUCUUCUAUCUUCUUUCCAUCCUACUCAUCGGCCUCAAUGUCCCUUACGAUUACCCGGGUCUCUCGAACGAGAACAGUCGCUUCAGUCCGUUCACUAUUGUCUUCGAAGAAGCUGGCAGUUCCGUCGCAGGUAGCUUCAUCAAUGCCGUUAUCAUGACCUCUGUCAUCUCCGCCGCGAACCACGCCCUCUUCGCUGCCACCCGAUUGCUGUACACAUUGGCUGUCGACGGCUAUGCCCCCCGCGUGUUUAGCAAGUUGAACCGCUUCCAGAUUCCCUGGAUCGCCGUCCUGGCUAGUUCGGUCAUCAGUGGACUCUGCUUCGGUGCAAGCUACAUCGGCGCCGGUCAAUUGUGGUCCUGGUUGCAAAACAUCGUCGGCGUUUCUAACCAACUCUCCUGGAUCUGUAUUGGCAUUGCCUCUCUUCGCUUCCGUGGCGCUAUCCGUGCCCAGGGCCUCGAGGAUCUCCUUCCUUUCAAGAACUGGACAUACCCAUACGGGCCCAUCUUUGCGAUCGUCCUCAACACUGUCCUUGUCUUGGUACAAGGAUGGUCCUGCUUCAGCCCACACUUCAAGGGCGUAAGCUUUGUUUCGUACUAUAUCGAAAUCGCGAUCAUGAUUGUCAUGUUUGUGGGCUGGAAGCUCAUCAAGCGGACCCGAUUUGUUCGCAGUGCAAACAUGGAUCUGUACACCGAUCGGUAUGACGGUAAUGGCCAAACUCCCGAAGAAGAAGACGCGCCGCAACGAAAAGGAUUCGUUGGCAAGGUACAGCGCUUUGGGCAGUGGCUGUUCCUUUGA